AUGGCAAGCAAUUCAACUAAACCACAAUCAGUUCAUAGUUUCACUGUGAAGGAUGCUAAAGGGAAUGACGUCGAUUUAAGCAUUUACGAAGGAAAGGUCCUGUUGAUUGUUAAUGUUGCAUCGCAGUGUGGCCUUACCAAUUCAAACUACAAGGAGUUAACAAAGCUAUACGAGAAGUACAAGGAUCAAGGUUUGGAGAUACUGGCAUUUCCAUGCAAUCAGUUUGGCUCCCAAGAACCUGGCACUAAUGAAGAAAUUCAGCAGUUUGCUUGCACCCGUUUUAAGGCCGAGUAUCCCAUAUUUGACAAGGUCGAUGUAAAUGGUUCCAAUGCUGCUCCACUAUACAAGUUCCUGAAGUCGAGCAAAGGUGGUUUCUUGGGUGACAGCAUCAAAUGGAACUUCUCCAAAUUUCUUGUCGACAAAGAGGGGUGUGUUGUUGAUCGUUAUGCUCCCACCACAUCUCCCCUUAGUAUCGAGAAGGAUAUAAAGAAGCUGCUCGAAAAGGCUCAAGCAUUAGAGUAA